GUCGCGGGCGGGGCCGGCUCACCCGGAAUGAAAACAAACGGCGGCGGCGGCGGCGGGCGCCGCAUCCGGGCAUUCUGCGGGUCGCGGCCGGCGCGACGGUGGCGCAGGAUGGCGCAAAAGAAAUAUCUUCAAGCAAAACUGACCCAGUUUUUAAGGGAAGACAGAAUUCAGCUUUGGAAACCACCAUAUACAGAUGAAAAUAAAGAAGCUGGUUUGGUAUUGAAGGACCUUGCUAGAAAGUAUGCUGACAAACUCGAAUGCUGCGAGAGUGAGGUGGAAAAGAUAAUAGAAGAAAUACGUUGUAAAGCAGUUGAGCGUGGCACGGGAAAUGAAAACUAUAAAACGACAGGAAUUGCUACAAUUGAGGUAUUUUUACCUUCGAGGCUAAGAAAAGAUAGGAAGAACUUGUUGGAGACGCGGUUGCAUGUCACUGGCAGGGAACUGAGGUCAAAGAUCGCCGAGAAAUUUGGAUUUCAAGAAAAUUAUAUCAAAAUCGUCAUAAAUAAGAAACAGCUGCAGCUCGACGAGACGCUGGAGGGCCAGGGCGUGGCGCACAACGUGAAGGCCAUGGUGCUGGAGCUGGAGCACUCGGAGGAGGACGCGCGCAGGCAACUGCAGCCCGAGGAGGAGGAGCAGAGCGAGGCGGAGCUCAAGGAGAGGCGGAUCCAGAGGACCAAGAGGGGCCUGGAGAUCCUGGCCGAGAGAGCCGAGAUGGUGGUGGACCCCGAGACCACUCCGUACUUGGACAUCGCCAACCAGACGGGCAGGUCCAUCCGAAUCCCGCCGUCGGAAAGGAAAGCCCUGAUGUUAGCUAUGGGAUACCACGAGAAGGGCAGAGCCUUCCUGAAAAGAAAGGAGUACGGGAUAGCCCUGCCGUGCCUGCUGGACGCUGACCGAUACUUCUGUGAGUGUUGCAGGGAACUCCUGGACACGGUAGAUAACUAUGCGGUGCUCCAGCUGGACAUCGUGUGGUGUUACUUCCGCCUGGAACAACUGGAAUGCCUUGACGACGCAGAGAGAAAACUGAAUUUGGCCCAGAAAUGCUUUAAGAAUUGCUAUGGAGAAAAUCACCAGCGGCUCGUCCACAUAAAAGGAAACUGCGGGAAAGAGAAGGUCCUGUUCUUAAGACUUUACUUGCUUCAAGGAAUCCGCAAUUAUCACAGUGGAAACGGAGAAGAGGCCUGCGAAUAUCUGAACAAGGCGCGGCAGCUGUUUAAGGAGCUGUACAUCGACCCCGCGAAGGUGCACGACCUGCUGCAAUUGGGCUUCACUGCCCAGGAAGCUCGGCUGGGCCUGAGGGCAUGUGAGGGCAACGUGGGCCACGCGGCUGCCCACAUCACCAGCCGCAGGGAGGAGUUGGCGCAGAUCAGGAGGGAGGAGAAGGAGAAGAAGAGACGUCGCCUGGAGAGCAUCAACUCCCUGAAGGGCAUGGGCUACUCGCUGCGCGCCGCCAAGCAGGCGCUGCACCAGGCCAGCGGGAACCUGGACGCCGCCCUCAAGAUCCUUCUCAGCAACCCCCAGAUGUGGUGGCUCAGUGACUCCGACUCUGACAGCAGCCCCCGAGAAAGCCCGUCCCAGGAGAGCAUCGACCAGCUCGUGUACAUGGGCUUCGAGGCGGGGGCCGCCGAGGCCGCCCUGCGAGCGUUCCGGGGAAGCGUGCAGCUGGCGGCCCAGACCCUGGCGCACAACGGCGGGAGCCUGCCCCCGGGGCUGCAGCUGGCGCCCAGCGACGACGCCGCCUCCACGCCCUCCACGUCCCCGUCCUCGUCGUCGGAUUCCGCAGGGACAUCCAGCGCCUCCACGGACGAGGACAUGGAGACGGAGGCCGUGAACGAGAUCCUGGAGGACAUCCCGGAGCACGAGGAGGACUACCUGGACUCGACCCUGGAGGACGAGGAGAUCAUCAUCGCAGAGUACCUGUCCUACGUGGAGAACAUAAAGUCGGGCGCCAAGAAAAACUAAACCCUGAACCCAAAUCAGUACUAAGCCGCUGCUCAUAAAUCCCGUGCUUAAGUCU